AUGUUCCACCUGAAGGACAGUCUACAGGAGACGCUGUGCAGAGGUCUGUGGUUCAGUCUGAGGCUCGGGGACUUCACGGUGUCUCUGCUCAUGUUUAAUGUGUCCUGGAAUUCCUGGAAUAGAGUGGAGCAGCUGAACAAUCAGUGUGAGGACGUCAUCAAGCUGCUGCAGAAAACCAUCAACAUCCUGGAGAAGACUCCUCUCCCUGCUGCUGAUGCCGAGUUGCUGCUGUCCCGCUACAAAGCGGUGAUGCGUAGUGUCCUUGAAGAUAGCCGAUUGGUCCGGUUACAGCAGGAGGGCGGGGCCUCUCUGUCGCGGCUCUGCAGAGAGGAGAGCGUCAUCAGCGUGACGGAGGACUAUAGGGCGGAGGUGGAGACGGUGUCCUCUCUGUACGAUCAGGUGGACGAGCUGCUUCACCGCCUCGUCAUGCUGUCCAACUCCAGGACGCAGCAGCUGAGCUUCAUCCUGGACUUCAGGAGUCUGGAGGACGCCUUCAGCGAGGUGAGCUCCUGGCUGCAGGACGAAGGAGAACCUCGUCUGAAGAAUCUGAAUGAACCUGAAGAUUCUCUGGAGCUGCUCAAAAAGAAACAGACGGACUUCAAGAACCUCAACACAACCGCUCAUGGUUACUGCAAACGGGGCGAGGCCUUGUUGAGUCGUCUGGAGCUCUUGGGCAACAUGUCGUCAGCGGACCUCCACAUCUACGAGGUCAAAAUUCACUCGUUCUGGGCUCAGCUGCAGGAUUUCUCUCAGCGGAUCAACGCCACUGAACAGAUCAUCGAGAGCGCCGUUCGACUCUUCAGCUUCUUGGACCAGGCCUAUGGCUGGGCGCUCGAGGGUAUGCGUCAUCUAGCCGGCAUCAGUAUGGAGGAGUGCACCCUGCCAGACAAAUGCCAGGCUGUGAUUGGCUGCCUAGAGGACUACCAGAGUCUGCACCCACCAAUCCCAGACUCCCAUUUCCAGGAGAUGAAGGCGGCGGCGGGUGAGCUGCGGGGCGAGCGAGGCCUCCGUCAGUGGAGCUUCGCCUGGUCCAAGUGUCAGGAGACCAAGAAGGUGUUUGACAGGAAGAUGGAGGCGGCGAUCAGGACACGAGACUCCGCCCACAGACGUUGCUCUGACCCCGCCCCUGUUAGAAGCUCCACCUCCUCCAGGAAGAUGCUGUCGGGACUCCGAAGGGUCUCCGAGACCUCCUGCCCCAUAGAGGAGGCCAACACCUCCUCACCUUCUCGUAACGCCUCCAUCCUGUCCCCCCUCACCUCCUCACCCAUCACCUCCACCCCCCAGCACACACCGCUCCUCCAGCGCCUGUUCCGCAGCAGCUCCUCGGACGUGUCUUCAGUCCGGAUGGAUGUCUGCUCCUCCAGUCCCAGCCUCCCCCGCCUCGACUCCCCCUCCCUUUCUUCCUCCUCCUCCUCCUCCUCCUCCUUCUCCUUCUCCGGCAGGCGGCAGCACCUUAGAAAAACUCAGAGCUUCGACUGCCCCUCCACCCCCGAGGCGCUGCGGUGCGGACCAUGUCCUCGGACCCUCAGCGAGCCGGUGCGCCGAGGAACCAUCGGCGUGUUCAUCCGCGGCCUGGAGGUCAGCAGCAGCGAGGCGGCCGACCACACGCUCUGCCCCAGGACGCCUGCUCACAGCUGGGCAGGACCGGGACACAACCCCGGGACGCCCGGGACGCCCGGGACCCCGAGGACCAUCGGCAGCCCCGCAGCUGACCCCCGACCCAGAGGAAGUAAGCUGCGUCACAUCGUGGAUGAGAUGAUCACCACGGAGCAGGAGUACGUGCGCUCGCUGCGAUACAUCAUCCAUCACUACUUCCCUGAGAUGGACCGAGCCGACCUGCCCCAGGACCUGAGAGGGAAGAGGUCCGUCGUGUUCGGGAACCUGGAGAAGCUUCUGGACUUUCACAGUCAGUUCUUCCUCCGGGAGCUGGAGUCCUGCUGGAAACAUCCACUCAGAGUCCCUCACUGCUUCCUCCGACACCAGGAACAGUUCGGUCUCUACGCUCUUUACAGUAAAAACAAACCCAAGUCUGACGCUCUGCUGUCCAACCACGGAAACUCCUUCUUCAGGAGGAAGCAGGUGGAGCUGGGCGAUAAGAUGGACCUGUCGUCCUACCUGUUGAAGCCCAUUCAGAGGAUGAGUAAAUACGCUCUGCUGCUCACCGACCUCAUCAAGGAGGUGGGCGUGGCUCAGGAGGCGGAGCUUGGCGCCCUGCAGGAGGCCACCAAGAUGGUCAAGUUUCAGCUUCGCCACGGCAACGACCUGCUGGCAAUGGACGCCAUCCGAGAAUGUGACGUGAAUCUGAAGGAGCAGGGUCAGCUGAUCCGUCAGGAGGAGUUCACCAUCUGGAGCGGCCGGAGGAAGUGUCAGCGCCACAUCUUCCUGUUCGAUGAGCUGGUUCUGUUCAGUAAACCCAAGAAGAUGGAGGGAGGUCUGGACGUGUUCAUCUACAAACACUCCUUCAAGACCGCCGACGUGGGUCUGACCGAGUCCACGGGGGACAGCGGGCUCCGGUUUGAGAUCUGGUUCAGGAGGAGGACGUCCAAGAACCAGAAGUUCGUCCUUCAGGCUGCGACGCAGGACGUCAAACUGGCCUGGACCGGGGACAUCGCCCGAAUCCUGUGGACGCAGGCCAACAAGAACAAAGAGAUGCGUCUGAAGGAGAUGGUGUCGAUGGGAGUUGGUAGCAAACCGUUUCUGGACAUUAAGCCGAGCGACGCCGCCAUCAGUGACCGAGCUGUUCACUGCAUCAUGAAGAGCCGAGGUGCCAGGACGAGGGCGUCCAUCGCCGUCUCCGUCUUCGACCACUCGAACCCUUUCAAGCGAGGGUCGGUGACCUCUGACCCCUCGACCUCAGGGCCCUCGUCCUCCGGUCUGCUGGGGCCCCUCAACCUGCACAUGUUCAGCCAAAACCUGCCCCCCCCCCAUGCUGCUGACGGCUCCUUCACCGCCUCCUGUAUCGAGGAAGACGAGCAGGAGCACGAGACGAGCAGUCAGCCCUCCAUGACCACAGAGAGCUCAGGCUCGUCGUCUCGCUGCCUCUCAGGAUCCACAGGCUCCGACAGCGGCUGCGUCUCCUCCCACCUGCAGGAGGCGCUGCCCGAGGAGCUGGGCCUCCCUGGCCGGCCCUCCUCCUCCAACAAGCAGCACCUGAGCAGCCAGUACAUUUCAUCAAAAGCUGCCUCUGUCAUCGGCCCGGCCACCGUCGUGUGAUGUCACUCGGCUGCAGCAGGAACCUGUUUGUGUUCUUCUUGCUGCAGUUUGACCGUAAAGUUUGAAUGUUUUAUUUAUGUUUGAAGCUUCAGUCGUUUGUUCUGUAAAUACGACAUAAGAUUUUCAGUUUGUGAGCUGAUCCAGGGUCUGAGUGAGUGAGUGUGAGUGUGUGUGUGUGUGUGUGUGUGUGUGCGUGAACUGAUCCAGGAUCAGCUGGACUCUGUACAUGUGUGUAAAUAAACCACAGCUGAGCAUCUGCUGUCACUUUUCUUACUUGAAUAAACCGAUGACACGUU